AUGCAUAUUAUCAAGCCGGUUUGGCUGACCCAUGGAGGGGAGAGAAAAGACUUCGAGGUUUACGCUUGCGAUAUAUCCCCGGACGGAAGCCGUUUGGUCACAGCAGCUGGAGAUGGAUACGUUCGAAUAUGGUCUACGGAAGCGAUCUAUAAUACGGGAAACCCCGAGUAUGCGAACAAGCCCAAGCAGCUUGCGUCGAUGAGCAACCACUCGGGCACGAUUCAUACGGUUCGAUUCUCGCCCAAUGGGAAGUACCUGGCGUCGGGCGCGGACGAUAAGAUAGUCUGUAUUUAUACGUUGGAUGCGAAUCCUCCUUCACAUGCUUCGACGUUCGGGUCGAACGAGGCACCACCUGUGGAGAAUUGGCGCACGAUACGGAGGUUGAUAGGCCAUGACAAUGAUGUUCAAGAUCUAGGAUGGUCGUACGAUUCCUCAAUCUUGGUAUCUGUUGGGCUGGAUUCCAAGGUCGUGGUCUGGUCAGGGCAUACAUUCGAAAAGUUGAAGACGUUAUCCAUCCACCAGAGCCAUGUCAAGGGAAUUACGUUCGACCCGGCAAAUAAAUACUUCGCCACGGCGAGUGACGACCGCACAAUCCGUAUCUUUCGAUUUACCUCGCCGUCGCCGAAUUCUACGGCCCAUGAUCAGAUGAACAAUUUCGUGCUCGAACAGACCAUCUCCGCGCCUUUCCAAAACUCACCACUUACUGCCUAUUUUCGUCGCUGCUCGUGGUCUCCAGACGGAAUGCACAUUGCGGCUGCCAACGCAGUGAACGGGCCUGUUAGUUCUGUUGCAAUUAUCAACCGAGGUUCGUGGGAUGGUGAUAUCAAUCUCAUCGGCCACGAAGCACCGGUGGAGGUGUGCGCUUUCUCCCCGCGAUUGUAUUCAAGUCAACCGGUCAGCAAAUCGGCGGUUGAAAACCAAAAUCAUGCGAUGCAAAACGUCACCGUGAUUGCAUGCGCCGGGGGAGACAAGUCACUGAGCAUUUGGAUCACCAGCAACCCCAGACCCAUUGUGGUCGCCCAGGAGAUGGCUGCCAAGUCAAUCUCGGAUCUUGCCUGGAGCCCCGAUGGAAAAUGCCUCUUUGCGACUGCCCUCGAUGGUACGAUUCUUGCCGUUCGCUUUGAGGACGGAGAGCUAGGCUACCCAAUGGCGAUGGAGGAGAACGAGAAGUCGCUCACAAAAUUUGGCACGAACAGAAGAGGCGCUGGCAUCGCUGAAACUACGGAUGGGCUACUGCUUGAGGAGAAGAGCAAGGCUGGAGAGAUCAAAGGUGUCGAGGGGCGAAUGGGUGCUCUAAUGGGCGAUGGCCAUGCCACCGCAGACAGUGUGGUCAAUGGCAAGUCGGCACCACUUCCGUCAAACGGUGCAACGCCUGCACGAGGUCCCUCGCCCGCUCCAGAUACGCAGAAGGCUCAACCUAACGGCACAGCAGCAACACCAGCAGCUCCAGAACCGGAGAAGCCAGAUCCAUAUCAGGCGAAGUUGGAGAGGCUGAAGCAGCGCCCGACGUACACGAAGGAUGGCAGGAAGCGAAUUGCGCCUCUUCUGGUGUCAGGAGCCGGCGCGGCAGAGUCAUCUCUCCCUCAGGCACGGCUCAUGGCUUCGGUCAGUAGCCAAGUGAAGGCUGAUGCGCCACAGUCGAUUGUUGAUCUUUCGAAACCUUUUGAUGGGUUACCUAAGGGUGGACUUGCUGCGUUGCUUUUCGGUAAUAAGCGAAAGCUCGCGCAACUCGAGGGCGAUGAAGAUGGACACGUGGAGAAACGGGUGGCACUGGCGAGUCAGAACGGCGCGACACCGAUCCUCGCAAAUACGCCGGAUGGGCUUCUUCCGGCGCAACCUCAACCUGCACCAACGGGACAGCAGCCAACGCCGGAGUUCAUAAGGCCUGCUGUAACGAAUCCCUGCAUGGCGAUCAGCCAGCUCCGCCUCGCAGUACCAAAAGUCCGCAGCCAGAUCGUGCGGGCCAUCGAUUCCAACGGCAGGCCGACGGAACAGCCUAGCGCUACUACAGGAGAGCCGGGCAAAUCGCGGGCUGACGUUGUCUUCGAGGCUCGUAAUCCUUCCCCUGCAAGCCUAACAGGUAGAGCGGUAGAUCGCGAGCCUGUACGCCUCACGCUGUUUCGCGGCGAGCAGCCAUUAUGGCAGGAUUUCCUCCCACGGACUGUGCUUCUCGUGACUGGGAACCAGAGCAUGUGGGCCGCCGCCUGCGAAGAUGGAUCGGUCUACAUCUGGUCGCCCGCAGGCCGGCGACUUGUCAGCGCUCUCGUGCUUGAAGCGCAACCUGUGAUUCUGGAAUGCAAUGGCCCGUGGAUCCUGUGUAUAUCAGCGGUGGGCAUGUGCUAUGUCUGGAACGCCAAGCAUCUUUCUUCCCCUCACCCUCCCAUCUCUCUCCAACCCGUGCUAGAUGCAGCAAUUCACACGCUGGGUGCGCAUCCAUCCGCGGCUCCAGCAAUUACCAAUGCGCGAAUCAACUCCGAGGGCCGGGUGGUGGUCGCAUUGUCCAAUGGCGAAGGUUACUCCUAUUCGCCUUCCAUGUACACCUGGCAGCGCGUCUCUGAGGCCUGGUGGGCUGUCGGCAGCCAGUACUGGAACUCCACGGAAGCUCCGGUGGGCAACCUGCAGUCUGCGGGACCACAGCAAGACAAGGAAGCCAAGGCCGCUGUCUCAGCCGGCAUCAUUCCGUUCCUGGAACGCAAUACGACGAAUGAAACUCUUCUCCGUGGACGAGCGUACUUCCUGCAGCGGCUGAUCAAGGUCCUUCUGUCUCGCGAGGGCUACGAGAGCUUCGAGUCAAGCGUGUCUAUAGCUCAUUUGGAAAACAGACUCGCCGCAGCCUUAUCGCUGGGAGCUAAAGAAGAGUUCCGGCUCUAUUUGUCUAUGUAUGCCAAGCGGAUCGGAGCGGAAGGUCUGAAGAUGAAGGUCGAGGAGCUGCUGAAGGGGCUGAUUGGUGGUCUGUUUGAGGAGGAGGACGAGACAGGCACAGUCCGCCGGCUACAAGCGAACGAAAAAGAAGAUCGAAACUGGCAGGAGAGCUCGGAGACCCUCUGUGGCUGGCCACGCGAGGUGUUGUUGAAGGAGGUGAUUCUAGCCUUGGGUAAACACCGGGAUCUUCAGCGAGUGACCGUUCCCUAUGCCAAGCUGCUGGGCGUGGUGGACAACGAGUCCGAAGACGACGAUGCGAUGGAAACAUAA